GAAGUAUCUCCUUCAUGCCUUCACUAUCAAGGUUAAGACUAGAGGGGCAGACCACUAUCUACUACCAUCUAUUUGCUAUGCAAGAUAGAGUUACUACAGAAGAGAUUUACGAAAGGAUCGGUUUGGACUAGGAUUUUGAAUACUUGGGAGAGGCGAUGUUGACAGUCCGGUGGAGUGUUUUUAUCCUUUGCGCCAUUGCGCAGGGAUGUACGGCUCAAUUAUUAUUCCCACACGGAACGGCAGAAGGGGACGCUCUUCUUGCUAAAGGAGAUGAUGGGAACUCUGGUGAGAUCGUUAUCUCCACCAAUUUUUCUUUAUUUGGCGUCGAUUACAAAAACCUAUAUGUAAAUAUCAACGGCGCUGUUUCCUUCUCGACGGCCAUCAACUCAUACUCACCCGAGCCCUUUCCCCUGGAUGACAAUCGUGCGAUCAUCGCGCCAUUCUGGACUGAUAUCGAUACUUCAUAUGGAAUGGGUCAUGGUGACGUCAUGUAUAGACAGCUACUUCUAACCAAUCAGACAACAGAACUUUUCGAACGAGUCAAUGGGAUUGUUCGUAAUGUUUCAACGGAUCGGGACACAUUCAAAGCAACCUGGAUGUUCAUAGCAACUUGGAGUGAUGUGGCUUAUUAUGACGCACUCGAUCCGUCGGAGCUUUUGAAUACAUUCCAGUGUGUUCUCUUGACGGAUGGGGAUUACUGCGGAGUAAUAAUGAUCUACAAUGAUAUCACAUGGACUGGCCAAGAAAGCGCUCCGGAAAAAAAUGCUCAGGCUGGAUUUGAUGCUGGAGACGGUACAAAUUACUAUACGAUAGAAAGUUCGAGGACACCCGAGAUCAUCGACAUCGAGACAAAAUCAAACAUGGGUCAACCAGGGAUGUGGUUGUUCAGAGUCGAUGGUUUGACGAUCAUGGACGCAGCGUGUGAAAAUGCAGAACAACUAACCAUUUCCCCUCGGACGCUACCAAUGCUAGGUGGUACCAGUGUUAUAAUUUCGGGCAAAUGUUUCAAGCAAUCAACUCGAGACAUUGAAUGCGCCUUUGGAAUCUACCGUGUAAAAGGUUAUCUGACGACGACCAACAGCGUUACCUGUGUGACCCCAGCGAUGUUUGUUUCCGGGGUCAUAGAUGUUCGGCUCUCACUAGACGGAGGCUCGAUAUUCAGUUAUGUCGGAACUGUUGUUGUAGGAGACGAAAUAUCCCCUGUAACCUUCAAGACUGAUCCCGACGGCAAUAUCACCAUAACCUGGAAUCCUGCCGAGCUCCCUGAUGUUGACGAAGUCGAUGUUGUGGUAUACGAGAUUUCUAGUGACGCAAACGUCAUCAGUUGGGAAGCCAUUAACACUACAGCAUGGAUAUAUUCAAGCGAACCAGGACGUCUUGGGAUUACUAUUCAUGCUUAUCCUCAAAGGGAUGUGGGCGAAACGUCUCCCAUAAUUGGAGCUCUUGGAAUUUUGGCUCGAGAUGAAACGAAUUCAUCAAUUGAAAGGAGGGGAAUUUGGAGCGCCAUCCAACCUCUCAACUGGCUAUACCCUGUCAACCUGACGUCAUGGUGUCAAUCAUGGAUAACUCGAGAACUCACCGAGCUUAACGAAUGGCUCCCUCAACGGCCAGCAUGUCCAUGCACAGAGAGACAAGCAAGGAGAGAUAUAGGAUCAUUCACUGUUUUCUUGGACUGUAGGCAUGGAGAGGCUGAAGAAAACUGUUCAUCUGGCAGAACGGAUGCCAUGCUCUGUGUGAUCUCUAACAUUCCAAGUGUUUCUGGUGCGGGUCAGGAAUGCUGCUACGACAUUGCUGGCCAUCUGAUUGAAUUUGAUGGGAAUGGUGCAGGCUUUUCACAGCGUCAACAUCAACGUGUCACCUCGCCCAAUCCGAUUUCUGGACUCGGCCCUGUGCCAGUUCUGUCUCAUUAUCUAACUGACACGGUCCCAUACUUGCAAUGCUGUGUUGCCGAAGGAAGAGACGAACAACGUUUUUGUGAGCUUUACCGCAGAGUGAGACCACCCAAUAAUUGUUACAACUAUCAACCACCGAAACCAGCUUCUGCUUUUGGAGAUCCCCACUUUAUUACAUUCGAUGGUCUGAAUUACACGUUCAACGGGUAUGGCGAGUUCACACUGGCCAAACUGGAUGAAAACGAGUUCAUACUACAAGCGAGGAGUCUGCCAAUGAAAGAAACACCAAAUGCUACAAUAUUCACGGCAGUUGCUACAAAGUCUAAUGGAAGUGACGUCAUACAUGUAGAGGCCAAUGGGACGUUUGGAAUGAGCGUGUUUUUCCGAAGGGAAGGAAGGCAAUGCUUCGAGGAAGCGGAUUUUACGUUAAGGAGAACUUGGUAUCUUCGAGGGGUGACUGUAAGGGCAGAAGAAAAUUUGGCAGUAGAUGGAAUAUCGAUCUCCUUCGAUAAUGGUAUCGCUGUAAAGCUUACCGCACGCAACGACGCUCUUGCCCUCUUCGUCACCGUUCCACACCGGUUUAAAUUCCACACACAAGGCAUGCUGGGUACUUGGAAUGAUGAACAAAGUGAUGAUCUCCAGAGACCCGAUGACGUCGUAAUACCGGUGACCUCAUCCAUGGAGACAAUAUUUUACGAGUUUGGAAAUCUGUGGCGUGUCAAGAGGAAUGAAUCUCUAUUCUUCUACAGAACAGGGUACAACCAUUCAUCAUACACAAACUAUAACUACACUCCUUCUUUUGAAAGACCAACCUUCUCAUUGGAUGAUCGAGUCAGUCACGUGUGCGGCGAUGACCAACUGUGUGCCUUUGAUUUUGCAGUCAGCGGAAGCGAGGGUUUUGCAUCACAGACGUUGAAUACAAUCAGUCAGUUCAAAUCGACGAGCUCUGAUUUAUUACCUCUAACCUGCCCGUCACUGUUAUUGACAAAUGGACGUGUGAUCACCACUUCAUCUUCGCCAGGAGCUCUGGCUACGUUUAGCUGUGACAGUUGCUAUAUCCGAAGAGGGCCUGCCAAUACAACAUGUGCAUCGGACGGCACUUGGCUACAGCCUCUCGCUUCAUGUAUACCUAUUGAACUUCAAUGCGAAACACCCGUGGCGCCCUCACACGGUCAUGUUAUGGUUGGUGGUUGUCCAAUCACAUACGCUACAUUCACAUGCGAGGGUGGUUAUGACCUUGUCGGUACGUCAAUGGUGCAGUGUCUUCAUGAUGGUUUUUGGUCACAUCCCAUUCCAAAAUGCCAGAGUAAAGGUAAAUAUAUUUUGACUGAAUCAGUCAAUGAAGUACAAGCUGAUCUCUCUCAAGGUUUGAUGUCAGCUUCAGCCAGUGCUAAGAGAUACAGUCCAGAUGAUCUGAAACUGUCACAAUCUGACGUUGUGUCUAUUUGUAAAGGCUGUAUGGAGGAAGAGAGAGAAAAGGCUCGAAGGCGAAAUAAUGUGAUACUACAGGGGAUACCAGAAGUAGAUUCGGAUGAUUCGUCUACAAGAAAGGAUCAAGAUACUGGUUUUGUAAAAGACAUUCUAAAGCAGCUUGACAUGUCUGAUGCUCAGUAUGUAAGAGUCAUCAGGUUAGGGAAAAGAGACCCUGAGAAAGAAAAGUCUCGACCUGUACUUAUGGAGUUUAAAGAGGCGAAAACAAGAGAUACUCUACUGAAACAGGCAGCAAAUCUAGCUAAGGCUCCUGAUCGCUUCAAGAAUAUCUACAUUCAACCUGACAGAACUAAAAAGGAGAGAGAGGAAAGGAGUAAACUUGUGAAGGAACUGAAAUCACGUCAAUCAGAAGGUGAUUUAAGAUGGAAGAUUGCUAGAAAUAAACUAGUGUUACGUGAGACUCAGAGCACCACAGGUUCUAAUCCAGUUGAGAACCAGCCCUUUCGGAAAUAUCCAAAUAGCGAUUCCAGGAAUGAUGAGGCGCUGAUAUCACUUAUGAAGAAAGCAGAGAAUUUAAGGUACGAUAAUCUGGUUAUUACAGGAGACUUUAAUCUUCCUACAAUUGCUUGGGAUUCGCUGGAUGUUACACGGCCAGAUCAACAAUUUGCACAGAGAUUUCUAGACACAACUUUAGACUUGUUUCUUUUCCAACUGGUGAAUCAGCCUACAAGAUUUAGAGAUGGCCAGCAGGCAAACAUUCUGGACCUGAUACUGACAAAUUCUGAAAAUUCGGUGGAUAAUGUGUCAUAUAAAGCCGCACUAGGAAAAAGUGACCACAUUGUGAUUCAGUUCAAUUUGAGUCUGGAGUUUAAGCAGGCUAUGUCACACCCUCGAUAUGCCUAUUUCAGAGGAAGAUACAAUGAUAUGAGAAACUUUGUUCAGGACCAUCAGAUUUUCGACUUUGAAGAGGAUCAAGAUGUGGAAGACAAAUAUAACUUGUUUAAAGACAAUAUUGACAAAUUAACCGAGGAGUUUGUACCCAAGUCAACUGCAUCUUCAACUACUAAAGCAGAACCAUUAUGGAUGAACUCAGAAGUCAAAUCUGCAAUUAAGAGGAAGCACAAGGCAUGGAAUGUUCAUCAAAGUCAAAGGUCGGCUCAAUCUAGAUGUGUUUUCAAUCGAAUUAGAAAUGAGACUACAAGAGUUAUCAAUCAAGCCAAAAGAAAGUUUGAGUCCAAGUUAAUCUCAGAAUUGAGGACUAAUUCCAAGAGUUUCUGGAAAUAUGUUCAGAGUAAACUAAAAAUAAAGCACGACAUCAGUCUUCUUUCAAGACCUGAUGGAUCCUUGACGUCUGAUGAUGAGGAGAAGGCAGUACUUUUGAACAAUUUUUUCAGCUCUGUGUUUACGAAGGAGGAUUUGAUGACCAUGCCAGAUAUUUCUGACAGAAGUUAUGCCAAACCUUUGACUUCUAUCAACAUUGACACUGACAAAGUCCUUAAAGUGUUACAAUCACUGGACCAGUCCAAGUCUCCAGGCCCAGAUAGGGUACACAUCAAAGUACUCAAGGAACUCGGUGAACACGUCACCCCAAUACUCUCAAAUGUGUUCAAUGCAUCUCUAGAGGAAGGAAAAGUUCCCUCUAAGUGGAAGCUAGCAGAUGUAGUUCCAUUGCACAAGAAGGGAGAUAAGACAGCUCCAGGAAAUUACCGUCCAGUUAGUUUGACGAGUGUGGUGAGCAAAAUAAUGGAAACCAUGGUGAGGGAAGAAAUAGUGCAGCAUAUGAAUGAAAAUAGUCUGUGGUCAGAGCACCAGCACGGUUUUCGCAAAGGAAGAUCUUGUUCAUCUCAACUUCUCGAAGUGAUUGAAGAUUGGAGUAAUAUUCUGGACAAUGGUGGUAAUGUGGACUGCAUUUACCUCGACUACCAAAAGGCUUUCGAUAGUGUUCCGCAUGAAAGACUGCUGAAGAAAUUGCAUGCUUAUGGUAUCCAAGGGAAGAUUCUGCUUUGGAUUAAAGCAUUUAUAUCUAAUAGGAGCCAGAGAGUAAAUGUCAAUGGAUCAUUUUCACAUCAUGUACCUGUUACCAGCGGAAUUCCUCAAGGGAGUGUGCUCGGCCCCGUUCUCUUCAUUAUUUACAUUAAUGAUCUCCCCGAGGUUAUAUCUGGUAACUCAUCGACAGUCAAAAUGUUUGCAGAUGAUACCAAACUCUACUCUUCUGUUAACAAUAACAAUGAUGGUGAGGUGUUGCAGCAAGACUUGGACAGUCUUUCAAAUUGGUCCAAUACAUGGCAACUCCCCUUUAAUACGUCAAAAUGUAAAGUGAUGCACUUAGGUAGAAAAAGUUCAGACAGGAUUUAUAAAGUGCAGAAAGAUGGUAUGAUUUCCGACAUUGCAUCAGUAUCGGAGGAAAAGGACUUGGGAGUUACAUUCGAUGAUAAACUCAAGUUUAAUCAGCAAGUCGGAAGAGUUGUCGCUGCAGCAAACAGAAAACUUGGAAUGAUCAGACGUACCUUUUCAUCUUUUGAUCAAGAAGGAUUCCUACUUCUGUACAAGACACUAAUAAGGCCUGUCUUAGAAUAUUCCUCAUGUGUAUGGCAUCCUAUCUACAAAAAAGAUAUUGAGAAGCUUGAAAAGGUGCAACGAAGAGCAACUAAACUUCUGACUCCAUUAAGGGACCUCAGCUACCCUGCACGCCUCCAAAGCCUGAAACUGCCUACACUUGCCUAUAGGAGACACCGAACAGACAUGUUGCAGAUCUUCAAAUUAUUGACCGGUAUUGACGACUUCUGUGCAGACCAAUUCUUUACACUGUCUAGAUCAGAGAGAACACGUGGACACAAAUUAAAAAUUCAUAAGAAUCGGGUUCGUUCAAAGCUGAGACAAGGUGUAUUCUCUCAGAGAGUUGUUACUCAAUGGAACAAUCUACCAGAUGAAGUUGUGAACAGUCAAACUGUCAACAUGUUCAAAUCACGUAUGGAGACUAUGAAGCUCAAUUCGGUCCAUGCUGCAGCAAUUGGGGGAGGUGCAGCUGCAUUCGUUCUUAUUCUGUGCCUCAUCAUCGCCUGUCUGGUUACUAAGCAACGGGAUAAACGAAGAAAACAAGCACUGAAAAAACGUUUAUCAAACAGAUGGUCUACCACACGAAAUCCUCUGUACGAUCCGAACGCUUCUAAUAGUUGAAUUUUUCCCACGGCCUGACAAAUGAAGACUGCAGGAGAAAGCUUUCCAGAAUGAGCCUUUGGACGUUUUAACUAGCGUAACAUGCAUAUUUACGAAGAAGAAACUAGUUAAAAUUAUUUUGUAUCUCACAAAUGACUUGCAUAAAUCGUUUAGCUUGUGACAGUUCCAUAAUUAAAAUGGAAUAUGAAUAGCCUUCAUAUCAGCCUAAAAUCUGUCAUAUAUGUAUAAUGACGUCAUCGAAAUACCGUAAUUUUAUAGAGAUUGUUACAUAGAAGUAGGUCGAACUCUCAACCUUCAAGUUUAGCAAAUGCGCC